ACAGCCGGUUGAGUAUAGAAGUGUUUUGUUUGUGUUGUCUGGGAACUUUGAUUGUGAAUAAUACAGUGGAAAUUGUAAAUUAUAUUUUGAAUUACCAAUAUUGAAUUUAUAUUUCUAUAAAUCAAAGCAAUCCCUAAUUUAAGAUAUUUUAUCUGAUCUUUCAAUUGUCCCGAAAAGGGAUAAAUUUAUCAAAAGCUCAUGUACUGAACAUUGAAUUCAAGUAUUUGACUUUUAUUUCAAAUCAGAAAUUCAUUUUAGGUGAACAUCUUCAAAAGCUACGAUCCUUGACACAAAUGAUGAGCCGCAUCCGCAAGCUCAGCAACCCCGCUGGGGAACGUAACAAGGCGCCUAUAUUGGAAGUACUCAACAAAUUCCUAGACAAAGAUAGCCCGAACCGUAAGUUGCUGGAAAUCUCCUCCGGUGUAGGUCUUCACGCUGCCUACUUUGCAUCGCACUUCCCCAAGAUCCACUACCAACCUUCGGAAUAUGACACUUCAAUUUUCGGCAGUAUCGAAGCGUACCGAGCCGAAGCCCAAGCAUCGAAUCUACAGGAACCGAUAGCGAUAGAUAUUUCCAUGCCGUGCACCGAGUGGAACAAUGACCGCAGUAUCAAUUACGCAACCUCGGCGGAAUCUUACGACUACAUGCUCAACAUCAACAUGAUGCACAUAUCGCCGUUCAAGUGUAGCGAGGGACUGUUCUGGAAUGCGUCCCGAUUGCUCAAAAUGGAUGGACUGCUAAUCACGUACGGACCUUACGCUGUGGACGGCAAACUGACCCCGGAAAGCAAUGUGCAGUUUGAUGCGUCACUCAGGCACCGAGAUCCGUCAUGGGGAAUUCGCGAUGUGCGAGUGCUGGAGAAACUUUCCCACGCCAACGGAAUCACGUUGAAGCAGAUGUUCGAUCUACCCGCCAAUAAUAAGUGUUUAAUCUGGGAAAAGGUUAAGAAAGUGGACAACUAAUUAAAAGGAAUUGAGUCUUUUUUAGGCUUGCGAAUCACUCACUAUAAAUGUUCCUCAAUGCAUGCCGCGAGUAAGGAAGAAAUUUGUUGAAUUUCUGUUCGCUUCGGUAAAUGCAUGACCAAAAGUGUAGGCCAUUGAUGUGGAGAGCAGCUGACAACUGUGGCGACCAAUUUUGCUACUAUAUAAUAGAAUAUAAUUCCCACCUUUUUCUUAAUUGUAGUAUUUAAUAAUUUAUUCGUAGUAUCGUCAAUCAGUACAUUAUUUUGUCACAAUGUGUAUUACAUCUUGUAUCUUUCAAAACAUUCAAUAAAAAAAACAAACACUAUAUUUGAAA